AAUAGAAAAAAUAUAUGUCUAUAGGUAUGGUAUAUGUGUAGGUACAAAACAAUAUAUUUUUUUAAACUUAUUUUAUCCAACUUAGUUUCAGAUAAUACGUAACAAUGUGGUCAUUAAUCAAAAUUAUUGAUACGGAUGAGGUAACAUACUAUGAUGUAGUACCAAAUAAGUGGAUAGUGAAUGAUAAACACUGCUUAUACCCCGUUGCUCGUGUAAGCACUGUAAAAAAGUUGGCAAAAGAAAACACAGAUUGCAAAGAUGAUUGGGAAGUUUUCAAUAUGGUCAUUAUUGAACAAGAUAUUAAUGAUUAUGAGAAAGGAUAUAAAAUGAUGAUAAAAGCAAAUAAAAAACAAAGUGAGUCUAAUUUAGAUUCUGAGUUUGAAAUUAGAGGUAAAGGUUGCCGAAAAAAAAACAACUUCUUCAAAGCCACUUUUUGAAAUAAGUAGUAGCGAUGAGGAUAUUGCUCUAGAUAAUAAUGAUCCACAUCCUUCGACCAGUUCUAUUGAAAACUUAGGACUACAAGCCAGAUUACCAGUAAACAUUGAACGUCAGUUUCCUACUCCUCCACCUGUAUUGUUGAAAUCUGCUACAAAGAGAACAUUUAAUUCAAUAUCAACUUUGUCACCUUCUACAUCAAGCUCUAGAGCUGUUAUGAGUACUCUAGUGGAAGGUGAUAAGUCUUCUAAACCUGUAUGUCCUUUAAUUGGUACACGUUACAGUAAAAACGAACACCGAUGCUCUUCAUCAGACCUGUGUUUCAUUUCUGCCGAUAUAAUGAAACUAAGGAAUACUGUUUCUUAUAUUAAACAUCAUCUCAUUGAUAAUAAGGAUACAACUGAUGAUAAAAAAACUGUAGUAGUAUCUAAUUAUGAAAUGGACAAUAUAUUUCCAAUAAAAAGUGAAGAUGGUCUUAAGAUGUUAGAAAACAAACUUGAAGAUAUUGAAUAUUUUCAUAAACUGGUGUCCACAAUUGCAUUUACCAUUGGUGGGAUAAAGAGUUUAUCCAAAAUGACAACAUCAACAAUGAGGAUAAUGUUUUCAGAUGAAUUUAUUGCGGAUUAUAGUUGGAAGGGGCAAAAAAAAAAAAAAAGUCUUGAAGCAAGUCCAAUUCACAAAGUUAUAAUAAGUAGGCAAUAUUCAUAUCAAUUAUUUUUUAUUAUUUACAAUUUUAAUAUUUAUGAACAAGUUUCACAUCCUUGAAUUACAAACAAUAUUGUUAAUUCUCUAAGGCUAGUUCUUAUAAGAAUACAAUAUAAUCCAGUUAAAGUUGGCCAGAAUUCUGCCGGUAAUAAAAUCUAUUAUCAGUAUCAGUUAGUGUUAGCUGAAACUUUACUGGACAUUGUAUAGGAACGACUAACAGUAAUAAACAGUAAUUUUGAAUAGAGUUAUUAAUGUUAUCAUAUAACUUGUAGUAUUUCACACACUUUUAUAUUAUAAUAUUCAAAAUUGUAGAGAAGCUUGUUUCCAAAUUAAAUGUAUAU